CAAGCAUGCGACCGCUCCGAGCACCAGAACACAGAAGCAAUUAGAGCUGUGUCGACAUUAGGCAAAUCUGAGCGAAUACUUACUAUACUUUCACAUUUUCUGUUUCGGAAGAAUGAAAUAAAUGAGCAAUUUAUUAUGGAAGAACUUUUGAUGCGUAUGCAAACCGAGCCUCUGCUUAGCAAAAGUAAAAGAGCGAGUACACGAACACGACCGAACACAAACGAAAACUAUGCGACUCGAGGAGUUCACGCAGCAGCUGCUACUCCCCCGGCAACUUCAGCAGCAGGUCGUGUACAAUGACAAUAUGAUGCGCGGGGCGAAGUAUUUGAACGAGCUUGCCUCGAAAGCCGACUCUUCCCUCAACAUGCUCCGCAUCUACACGGGAAAAGCAAAAACGCAGGCGGAGGCGGCCUACAAAAAUCCCAUGGUGAGUACGGACUUGGAAACCCUGCAAUGCAACGAUGAGGUGAUGGAGAAAAGCUACGAGGACGCGGAACAGGCCAUGCGGGCCAUCCAGAUUCGCAGAAUAGCACGGGAAAACGCGGACACGGCGUACGAGGAACAGAAGGCGGUGAAAAAAGCAGCGAAUGAGGGAAAAAGUGUCAAAGACCGACUACUUCGUCGAUAG